AUGGCGCCGCGGUCGCUCCUCGAGAGACUCGAAGAACUUUGCAACGUCGACGUCGACGAUGUCGAUACUGCACUCAUCAAGAGCUUGCCGUUCACCCCUCACAACCAGACCUCGAAUCAAGGCGUCAUCACGAAGGAGCUGUUGAACCCUGAGAACCAGACGCUCCUGGAGGACCUAGUUGACAAGCAUGGUAAAGAAGGAUGGGAGAAAGUGUACAAUAUGGCGGCCAUCGCCCUUUGUGCCAGGAACGUUCCAUUCCUGUCAGGCCGCGUGCUUGUUCAGACCUCCCUCCGCUACGUGAACGACCGGACCGCCAUAAUCAAACAAUGUCACGAGUAUGCCGAAGCAUUCGAGAAGUCCGGCGUGUCAAGAGAUCGUUUCGCCAUCAAAGUGCCAUUUUCUGGAGCAGCGGCAUCGGCGGCCUUGGAGCUCAAUGCUGAAGGUAUUCGCACGCUGGCAACAGCUGUGUUCUCUCUGGAACAAGCUAUUGCAGCAAGCCAGUCAAAUUGUCUGUUCAUCAGUCCAUACUACAAUGAAAUCGCAGCACAUUUUGAUCCGGCGCUACGUCCACAGGUCAAAGAUCCAGCUCUCGAGCAUCCCAUGUCCGCCCGCGUUAUACAUAUUCUGAAGACAUUUGCGCAGGCUUAUGUGCAGACGGGAAAGGAACAACCGAUUAUGGUCAUCGCGAGCCAUUUCAACAUUGAUGAGGUUCUUGCGAUGGCUGAAUUAGGUUGCCAACACGUCACUAUUCAAGGUCCCAACCUGAACAAGCUUAUGGAGACACCUGACACCCUUCCUCCGGUAGCCAAGAAGAAGCCUAAGCAUCCAUACGCUGAAUUCGCUGUGGCAGAGCGAUUGAAGGCAUUGGAAACCAUAGAUCCGCUUUCCGGACCUGAAUGGAAUCAAGUGCUGGCGACAAUGGACACAGACUAUGUGGUGAACGGUGGAGAAAAGCUUGACCAGUUCAUUACAGAGAAUUCGGUGCUGAAUAAGAGGUUCGGAGACGCUUGCAAGUUCUUUCUCGAGGCCGAGGAAAAAGCGAAGGUGGCUAUUGAAAAAGUCAUGGCGGAAAAAGGCUUAUAA